AUGGAUUACCCCGCAAAUGAACGAAAUGCUGUUAGGAGGGGUUAUAUUCUUAAAAAACCUUGCCAACCAAAAACUCAUGACUUCCCUACAAGACAAGUGUCUGGUUUGCGUCGCUUUAGUGUUCAUUGGUUCAACAAAUGGGAUUGGCUUGAAUAUAGUAUUGAAAAAGAUGCUGCAUUUUGUUUUGUAUGUUACUUGUUCAAGAAUGAAGUUGGUAUUAAACCGGGGGGUGAUGCAUUUGUUGAUGGAGGGUUUAGGGCAUGGAAUAAACCGGAAAGAUUUGAGAAGCAUGUUGGUGGAAUUAAAAGUGCUCAUAAUCUUGCUUAUGAGAAAUAUGUGAAUUUAAGAGAUGAAAAAAAGAAAUCAAUCUUGAAUGUGAUUGACAAUGCAAGUGAUGUGAUUAAAAGUGAAUAUUUUAUCCGCUUGAAAGCAUCUUUAUCUUGUUUAAGAUUUCUUUUGGGGCAAGGUUUGGCAUUUCGUGGACAUGAUGAAAGUGGGGAGUCAUAUAAUAGGGGUAAUUUCCUUGAGAUUUUGAAGUGGUUAGGAGAAAAGGUUGAGGAAGUAAGGAUACAUACUCUUGAAAAUGCACCUAAAAAUUGUCAAAUGACUUCCCCUCCUAUUCAAAAGGACAUUAUUAACUGUUGUGCCAAAGAAACAACUAGGUGCAUAAUAGAAGAAGUUGGUGAUGAUUACUUUGCUAUAUUGGCCGAUGAGUCAAGUGAUGUGUCCCAAAAAGAACAACUAGCUCUUGUUUUGCGUUUUGUUGAUAGAGAUAGUGGAAAGGUAAUGGAGCGAUUUUUAGGCAUUGUUCAUGUUGCUAAUACUACCGCUUUAACUCUUAAAGAUGCAAUCAUGUCUUUACUUGUUGAACAUUCAUUGAGCCCAUCUAUGAUAAGAGGGCAAGGGUAUGAUGGAGCUAGCAACAUGAAGGGUGAAAUAAAUGGCCUUAAGACUUUGAUUAUGAAUGAUACUCCAAGUGCCUACUAUAUACAUUGUUUUGCUCAUCAACUUCAACUAACAUUAGUUGCCGUUGCUAAAAAGAAUGAUAGUUGUGGUUGGCUUUUCGAGAUACUUGGAAAUUUGUUGAAUGUGGUUGGAGUUUCUUGCAAGAGAAGAGAAAUGAUUCGUCAAGAUCAAGCUCAAGAAGUUGCUCGAGCCUUGGAUGUUGGGGAUAUUGUGAGUGGAUCGGGUUUAAAUCAAGAACUUGGUUUGAGUAGGCCCGGGGAUACUCGUUGGAGUUCUCAUUACAAGUCACUUUUAAAUGCCAUCCUCUUAUUUCCUACAAUUAUUAAGGUGCUUGUACAAAUUGGGAAGCAUGGUGCAUCGGAAGAUAAGUUCAAAGCUCAAAUUGUUUUAGGACAUUUAGAGUCAUUUGACUUUAUUUUUGUUGCUCACUUGAUGUUGACUAUUUUUGGAUACACUAAUGAUUUGUGUGUUGCUUUGCAAAGAAAGGAGCAAGAUAUUGUAAAUGCCAUGGAACUUGUCACUUAUACAAAAACGGUGUUGCAAAAAAUGAGGGAGCGAGGAUGGGAUACUCUCUUAAACAAGGUAACUUCAUUUUGCACUAAACAUGGUGUUGUUAUUCCCACUAUGGAUUCUCUUUAUGUUCCUCAUGGAAGAUCAAGACGUUUUGUUGAAGAAGCAACAAAUGAACAUCAUUUUCGGGUUGGAAUUUUCUUAAGACUAAUUGAUUUGCAUCUUCAAGAACUUGAUGAACGAUUUAAUGAGAGGAAUAUGGAGUUACUAUUAUGUAUGGCUUGUUUAAGUCCUAAAGAUAACUUCUCAUCCUUUGAUAAAGAUAUGGUACUUAAACUUGCCUCUUUUUAUCCCGAAGAAUUUUCAAGCUUUGAUUUGAUGGCUCUUGAAUAUCAACUUGAUGUAUUCAUGGAGAAUAUGCUAAAUGAUGAAAGAUUUCAAGGUUUAAAUGACCUUAAUUCUCUUUCUAUGAUGCUUGUUAAAACCAAUAAGCAUAAGACUUUUCCUCUUAUUCAUUUGCUUAUCAAGUUGAUGUUGAUUCUUCCCGUUGCCACGGCAAGUGUUGAAAGAGUGUUUUCUGCAAUGACAUGUGUCAAAAACAAGUUGCGAAAUAGCAUGGGUGAUCAACUUAUGAAUGAUUGUUUGGUCACUUUUAUUGAGAAGGAUGUCUUCUUACGAGUUUCCGACGAAAAGAUUAUUGAUCGAUUUCAAAGUAUGAAGACUCGAAGAAUGAACUUGUAA